UUUUAUGUGCGUGUGUGUGUUUGAUGACUGCGGGAAAUCGGCUGCCGUAUAUAAUUUGCAAAUAAAACGCUGAAAAUGGCUAAAAAGAAAAGUGAAGAGCAUUCGGGUGCGGACGCAAACGACAGCGACUACAAUGAGGAACCCAAUUUCGAUGAUCCGCCCGGUUUCGUAGACAACAUUAGCGAUGAAGAUUUAUUGGGAGAUAUGCUGGCCCAACGCCCAUCCGAAGCCGACGGCGUUGAAAGUGUCGUUGUAGUGGAUAAUAUGCCGAAAGUGGAGCCAAGCCGCCUCGAAAAACUCAAAUCGGUUAUCAACAAGCUGUUCUCGCAGUGCGGUGAAAUCGUUAACGUUGUCUAUCCGGUGGAUGAGGAGGGCAAGACCAAAGGCUAUGCAUUCAUGGAAUUCAAGACCGCCAGUCAGGCCGAGGAUGCAGUCAAGAAACUAAACAACCAUCGCCUGGACAAGAAUUACACUUUUGCCGUAAAUUUGUUUACAGACUUCCAGAAGUAUGAGAAUAUACCGGAGAAGUGGGAGCCGCCAACUGUACAACCCUUUAAGGUACAGAGUGAUCUGUAUAAUUUUAUAAACGAUCCCGAUGCCUACGAUCAGUACUGCGUAGCGGCUGAGACAGCACCAAAUUGCGUGCAGGUUGGCUUCUGGCAGAACACUCUCCCCGAACCCAAUGAGCUGGAGACACGUGAACGUUUUACGGACACGUUUGUGAAGUGGUCGCCUCUGGGUACCUAUGUGGUGACCUUCCACAAACCCGGAGUCGCCAUUUGGGGUGGCAGCAGCUUCCAGAAAAUUCAAAAGUUUCCCCAUCCUGGCACCCAAUUCGUCGAAUUCUCGCCAUGUGAGAAUUAUUUGGUUACCUAUGGCCCAACACCAACGGGUCAAAAGAUCAUCAUUUGGGAUAUACGCACUGGGGCUGAGAAGCGUUCGUUUGUGGGCGAUGGCAUGUCUGUGUUGUCAAUGUUCCGCUGGUCGCACGAUGACAAAUUUGUGGCACGCAUGGGCGAGAAUUCGAUUCACAUCUACGAGACGCCAUCAUUUUAUUUGCUUGACUUGAAGUCCAUCAAGAUAGCGGGCAUACGCGGCUUCUCGUGGUCGCCCACGGACAAUGUCAUCGCUUACUGGGUGGAGGAGCAGAAUCAAAUACCCGCACGUGUCACCCUGAUGGAGAUCCCCAAGAAGCGGGAGAUUCGCAACAAGAAUCUUUUCCAUGUGGCCGACUGUAAGCUUCAUUGGCAAAAGUCUGGCGAUUAUCUGUGUGUUAAGGUCGAUCGCUACUCCAAGCUAAAGAAGGAUAAAAAGGAGCUGGACGUCAAGUUUCUGGGCAUGUUCUACAAUUUUGAAAUAUUCCACAUGCGCGAAAAGGAAAUACCCGUGGAUUCGGUGGAGAUACGUGAGCUGAUACUUGCUUUUGCAUGGGAGCCAAUUGGUAACAAGUUUUCCAUUAUACACGGCGAGCCCAACUCCUCCAAUGUUAGCUUCUACGAGGUGAAUAAGGGUGUCAAGCCCAGCCUGGUGAAGCGGCUGGAGAAGAAGUCCUGCACUCAUCUGUUCUGGUCGCCACGUGGUCAAUUCAUCGUCAUGGCUAAUCUUACCAUGGGCACUUUUGAGUUCGUUGAUACCACGAAUGACUACAUUAUCAGCGCAUCGCCGGAUCACUUCCGUGCAUCGGAGGUGGAAUGGGAUCCAACUGGUCGUUAUGUCGUCACUGGCGUCUCAUCGUGGAAGGUGAAAGAGGAUACCGGCUUUAAUAUGUAUACCUUCCAGGGUCGCAUCAUCAGGCGCACCAUUUUGAAGAACUUUGUGCAGUUCCUUUGGCGCCCGCGACCACCGACGCUACUGAGCGAAGAGAAGCAGAAGGAGAUCAAGAAAAAUUUGAAGAAAUAUUAUCCCAUAUUCGAACAGAAGGAUCGUCUGCGCCUGACCCGUGCCUCCAAGGAGUUGCUCGAGAAGCGCGCCCAGCUGCGCGAGACCUUCAUGGAGUACCGCAACAAACGCAUCGCAGAGUGGAAGGAUCAAAAGAGCCGUCGCAUCAUGCUCCGAGGGCAUGUGGAUACGGAUAAUUUGGAAACGGAUGAAGUUGAUGAGGAAGUUGUUGAAUUUUUAGUCAAGGAAGAAGUAACCCUGCUAGAGUAAACGACCCCCAAGUCAAUCGCGCCAACAUCCCUCUCCGUUUUCACAACUUUUUAAAGCUGGUGUCUUAAGGCUUGAGCAACGCAACGUGACGACGUCCCAAAAGGUCUCCAUUUGUCGGGACGCCAUUCUUUCAAACCACGUUGCGCUUCUUUAAUAUUACAUAAUAAGCGUAAACAUAUUUUAACUAGCUUGCGUUACAUACAUAUGCACACAUAUAUUCAAAUAUCCAUUAAAAUUCGAUCCUUAAGCACAAAAGUAACGUCACACAUAAAUCUAUAUAAACUAAAGUCAAGCUCACGAACAACUGUAACUUGAUAUACAAAACACGAAAAACAAAAACGAGAAAAUUAAGAAAACAUGACCGAAGCCACAUUAUUAACCAUUAGAAGUAAAUUUGCAAUGUAUUUGUAUGUGAACAGCAAAAAGAAAAGGAAAACGAAAAGGCA